CCUUUAACAUAAAAAGUGACGUUCGCUAGUAGAAUUUGUUAUUGUUAGUGUCGACGUUGCGUUUUUAAGCUUUGUUAUUGAUCCAUGUAUUAUUUGUAAAAUAUGAUAUGUAUUUGGUGUGUUCAGAAAGAUAGACGUGACUUUCAAGCAUUCGUGACUAUUGAUUUGUUUCGUGUUUAGUAAACCUCAAAUGUCUUGACUGCAAAGGGUUGUUAGUAUGGCUUCUCAAGAGCAAGUUGGCUCUAAUAAAAACUGGGACCUCUCUCUGUACGAGGUGCACCGCACGCCGCAGGAGGCCAUCACCGACAACACCGAGAUCGCCGUCUCGCCCAGGAGCCUGCACAGCGAGCUGAUGUGUCCGAUAUGCCUGGACAUGCUGAAGAAGACCAUGACGACGAAGGAGUGCCUGCACAGGUUCUGCUCCGACUGCAUCGUGACGGCGCUGCGGUCGGGCAACAAGGAGUGCCCCACGUGCCGGAAGAAGCUGGUGUCGAAGAGGUCCCUGCGGCCGGACCCCAACUUCGACCUGCUGAUCGCCAAGAUCUACCCGAGCCGCGACGAGUACGACGCCCUGCAGGAGCGCGUGCUGGCCAAGCUGAACAAGAGCCACAGCCAGGCGGCGCUCGUCAGCUCCAUCACGGAGGGCAUCAAGCUGCAGUCGCAGCACCGCCACCAGCGCGCCAGGAAGAUGGCGUCCGAGGCGGAGUCCCCGGGCAACACGCAGAGCGCCAGCGCCCCCACCACGCCCGCGCUGGGCGUCAAGACGGACCAGCUGGAGCCUCUGUCGGCGCCCGUGCCGCCCGCCGCCUCCGCCGCCUCGCUGCCGUCCACUGCGAGCCACGUGCCGCCCCCGCUGCCCGCCGCCCCCCAGCCGCCGCACAAGCGGCCUCGCCUCGAGCACAACUCGGACGACUCGGCCGGCUCCAGCAACGAGGGCGGCGGCCGGGAGUCCUCGGACGAGGCGCAGUCCGAGUGCUCGGGCCUGGACGAGAUCGAGCUCAAGUUCAAGCCGCACCCCACCGAGAUGAACCAGGACAACACGCUCAUGCAGGCCAUCAAGGACGUGCCCGUGCGCUACAUAAAGACCAACUGCACUGCGACAGUGGACCACCUGAGCAAGUACAUGGCCACGCGGCUCAUCCUGGACCUCAACAACUCGGAGCUGGCGGACAAGCUGAGCAAGGUGAACUUCUGCAUGUACAUCGCCCCCACGCCGGGCCACCUGGUGGCGCUCAGCGGCGGCCAGACCCUGCAGCACGUCAACGACAAGUUCUGGAAGGUGAACAAGCCCCUGGAGAUGUACUACUCCUGGAAGAAGUCGAGCGACGGCCCCCAGGCCUGACCGGGACCCUAGUCGGCGAGCACGCGUGGAUCGACGGGAUCUCGCCCCUGCCGUCACUGCUUUGCAAAUUACAAUUUUUUUUUUUUCCAUGAAACAUUUGUACCCUUCAAUAAAUUCCUUUUCUGAAGGAGUGGGUUGAUGGGCUCCUGUUCAGCUUAAGAGGUCCCAGUUCGGAUGCAAAUUGUUGUGAAGGGUUGGUUUCUUCAUGACCCAUGCAACAAAAUACCCAAUCUUAACCUUUUUUUUAAAAGAGAAAUUAUGUUAUUAUAUAUAUAAAAAAAUUAUUAUUUGAAUACUACUACAAAAAGAAAUAUUUUUGUAAAACCAAAGUAGGUAAGUAAGAAAUCCUCUCAAAAUAUGUUAGGACAGAUUUGUAUGCAGGUUGCCUUUAAUGUCGUUACAAGUCGUCACUUCCUAUAAGGAAGUGAUGAAGAUUGCUUUGUAGUAUUUUCAUCUUCAAAAAUGUAAAUGGAGUAUUGCACUUGAAAGUAUGUACUUUGUAGUUUGUAACCUAAAAAUGUGUACCUACUAAUGUGUUGCAAUUUUUUUUUAGAAAUUCAUAAGCUUUCAUAGAGUAUGCUUGUAGUUACUGCUUAUUUAGUGUGUGCACAUUUGUAUGUAAUAGAUAUAUUUGCUUUACUUACAGCUUUAUGGAUGGCAUAUAAAUAGAGACUAACAUUUGUAUACAGCAAGAGGCUAGGUGUUGUAUCAAAAAGUUAGAAAAUUCUGUUAUGUACUGGUAACAAUAUAUGUGAAUACAAGCUAUUAAAUUUGUAAAGCCUACAUACACCAACAUGCAAGUAUGAUGGAAUUGUCCUUUGUAAAUUUUUUACCUCUUCAGUAUCAAUAGUCAUGCUGGUAAAGAUGCAAUAUGUGGUGGAAGUCUGUCAUGAAACUGUUUGAGUGUGAAGAUUUAUUAAAUAAAACAUACUUUAUGUUUAUUGUA